CGUUGACGCAGCGGCGACAUGCGCCGUCUGCUGCGACACCAUUCCGACAAUGGCGCGGCCCAAGCUUCCGCUUCCUGCCGACUUCUUCCGAUGUCCUAUGCUGUCUUCCGACGAGGAAACUGAGUUCCUGCGCAAAGCCAGUGCCAACGCCGCUGACUUGGUUGCGCACAGCAUCUUGGACGGCACAGGUCCGCUGCAAUGGACACUCGAGUCGAAUAUGAGCGACAUCCACAUUUACACAGCUAACGACCCGACGCUUCCCUCGCACGUGUUGUGUUACGCUGGCGUUGUCGAAAUCCAAGCAUCAGUGAACGAGGUCGCGUCACUCUUCCAGACCCACACCACCGACGAGUACAAGGAGUUUCGGCGGCGAUUUGCGUCCGACCUGCUGGAUGGCCACAAUUUGUACACCCUCGUUCGACCCACAGACGAGCAUCCGUUGAAAGCAGUCAACAUCAAGUGGACUGUCAAUGAAAUGCCUGGCAGCGGUCUGCUCAAGAACCGCGACUGGUGCUUCCUCGAGAGCAUGUACGAGUUUGAGCAGGACGGACGGCGCGGAUGGGUGCGCGCCGUGUACUCGACAGAACUCGGCUGUUGCCCCGACUUUGAAUCGACCCUCGGCGUCGUCCGCGGCACGUUUUUCCGAUCGGGCCACGUCUUUUCCGAGUCGGACCGCCCAGGCUACAUUCGUGCCACGCAUCUCUUCCAAGCGAGUAUGAACGGCGGAUUCCAGAAAGGUUUGGUGCCGUCGUGGGAGAUCAAGGCAGGUGUGCGCCGCCGCAUUCGUGGGAUUAGCGACAUUCAAACGUUUGUCCGCGAAACGAGAUUGAACCAAGGUCCGCUCAUCGACACAUGUGACCUUGUCGCAAAGUCGGCGCGCGCGCGGUGCCAUCUCUGCAACAAGAAGUUUGGCCCUCUCAUUCGGAAAGCGCGAUGUCGAAAGUGUGGCGAGGUACACAAGUCUUUGCUUUCUCCAACGCCAGCAACUCAAGUUGGUACAAUGCACAGGUGGUGUGCCACAGCUGCAGCAGUCUCUGGACCCUUACCGUGUCGGACGCCCCCGUUCGAGCGUGCUCUGCAUGUUCACUCGGCCUCGUCGCACCUCAUGCAGAUGUCGCCAAGGCAAUGAAGGCUGUCCCACCGACCAUGGUCGCUGGACGCACGUACAAGGACGACGGAUGUCUUGGGCACUCCCACUUGGACAAACUCAUGCAACACACAAGCGAAGAUGCGCCAGAACGCCACCAACUGCCCUCCCAACCCGGUCUCGCAUCCACUCACACGCGCGACGCACUCGUUGACAUCGGUCUGCUCGAACGAGAACAGCACCAACACCAGCCACCCAUCCACCACUCUGUCGAUGGCGUCGACGAGGACGCCGUGCACUCUACUGCAGCCUAACUCGACGCACUACAUGCCGCCGACGAUCGUGAUAGUUUGCCGUUUGUCAGUAGGUCGACGGUGGAAAAGCUUUGCGUCGAUGCCAGUAGCCACGACGCAAGACGAUCACGUGCACAUUUGAAACCAGUAACCCAUGAACGUGUACGAUACCAUUCCCA